AUGAGUCCGUCAAAAGGUCAAUCUGGAACAAAGCCAAGAUCAAGUCCCAGAGAAGGAAGAAAGUCAAGUGAAUCUGCUACAUCACCAUCAAUACACACAUCCAAAACAUCUGCUGGUAAAGAAACUGAAACUGCAGAAUCAAGCCCUAUCAAAAAACCAACAUCUUCAUCAUCAGCUUCCAGCAUUACAGGUGCUUCUUCUUCAGGGAUCAAAGGGUUCUCCAAGUUUCUAAGGUCUCAUAAAAGACAGAAAUCACUGGAUCCAUCAGAAUUAGGAUCAACUUCAGAGAGAAGAGAAGCCCAAGAUUUACAAAGAUCUGGAUCAAGAUCUAGAUCAAAAUCACCGUUAAAAUCAACUAUACACGAGGAAGAAGAAACUGAAAAACAAAAGCAAAACCCCGUUGAACAGGAAGAACUUAGAGGCAUACCCAAGGACUCAAAUCCUAUUACUGAAUCAUAUCUCAAAGAUACGUUAGGUAUUUCAUUGAAAGAUUGGCCAUAUUCCGAACAAUUAUUAAUAUCAACAAUAUCUUUGAAAGCUGAAAAGGAGAAAACCAAAAAGGAGUCAUUGAGGCUAUCAUAUGUUCAAAGCUCAAUUGAUCUUGUUAAAUUGUCUGUGAAUUCUGGUAUACCUCCACAUCUGAUACCUUGCGUGUUUGUUUCUAGUGCACAAUCUAAAGAAAUUUUGGAAAAGUAUGGAUUGAAAGAAUCAACUCCUGAUGCUCCUCAACAGCAUCCUCAACAGCAGCACGAGCAACCUGUACAACAAGCUUCACGUCGUCCAUCUGAGACUCAGUUACAGUCCAAACCUACUGGUCAAUCGCAGCAGCCAAAAAACCUUCAAACCUCAACAUCUGUCUUCAAAGUUAACAUACCUCAACAAACUCAGUUUCAAUUUCAUCAUUGGCAAAAACCAGGUGAAUCUUUAUCACAACAACAACCUCAACCACAACAAUAUUCUGAAAAGAAGAGAAAACUGUCUGAUGAACCUUUAAGACCACCACAACAACAACCCUCAUUGAAGCCAAGCACUCCAACCAGAUUUAGCACAUCGUCUUCGUCCCACAGAAGAAAUCAAUCCGAAGCUAGUGUUUCACAACUGCGAUCGCUUUAUGAGACUCAAAUUAUGCAGCAUCAACAACAUCAACAGCAGCAACAUCAACAACAACAGCAACAACAAUGGGGUAGAACAUUGGGUUCCCCUUAUUAUCCAAGUCGUGAACCUGCUAGACCAUUAUAUUUUCAAUAUCCACAACAACAAGUUCCAAUACCUCAACAACAGCAGCAACAGCAGCAUCAUGCCCCACCACCUCAACCAUAUGCAUAUCCAGUCCAAUAUAUCCAAGGACCACCACCUCAACAAGGGCCUCCUCAAGGUUUUGCAUUCCCUCCAAGACCUAUUCAAAAUCCACAAGGUCGGGAAACUCCAGUUCAGCAAAUACUACCACCACCACCGCAAAUAGGCUCUACUGGUGUUCAUUCUUUGCCUGGUCCCGGUCCACCUCCACCUCCAUCCCAGUAUAGAGAAGGUGAAUCAAUGAGUGUAAGUGGUUCUCCAAUUGCAAUGAAAAGAGGAAGUGGUGAACAAUCAAAACAGGGGAAAUCAGAUGUUAGUUUUUUAAUAUCAACUCCAAACAAUCCACCUAAUAAGUGA